GGUGGGGGGGCGAGGCGGAGGAUGGAGACUCCCUCGUCGUUGUCGGCGGUGACGGUGGUACAGAUGGGUGCUACUCUCCUCAGCUGAGCCGGCCACAGAUCCAGUAGCCCCGGCGGUCAUCCAAUGCAGUCUGGAUCGAGCUGACCGCGGUUGGAUAGCGCACAUCCUGCGAAUGAGACUUCGCUAUCACAGCUGGCACCAUGCUACCCCGUAACAUACGUACAGGUGGUUAUAACCUGCCAGGGGUGGAAUCAGACGAUGUGCCCCUCAUUGGCUAUCGACCUUUAUCACCUGACAGAGGAACCAUAAGUGGCCACUCAGGGAGGAGAGCCGCUGACGCUGAAGUGCAGAGUUCGCAGAUUUCCAGGAAGCUUAGGGAUUCCUACCUGUCUGAGCUUGCCCACGGAAAGGCGGAGCCCUCUCCAAUGAAGACUACCUGGUACUGUCCUCUAGAUUUGCCCACUGUGGUGGAGGAGGAGGAGGAUGGGGUGAUCUACACAGUUACUGUCAAGCAGCACCAUGGUGGACCCAACAGUCCAAUGUCCACAGUUUCCAAAUCCCAGUGUGUGAAAGCAGGCACAGAAGAGAAGUUGGUGCUCCACCUCCUCCACUCAUUUUGUAUGGGCGACUCCUCCUUCAUCACCAUCUUUCUCUCCACCUAUCGAUCCUUCACCACCACGGGGAGAGUGCUGGACAUCCUCAGUGAUAGGCUGGAGAACCCACCCGGGGACAGCGAGAGAAGUCAGAUAAGACAAUCUUUUAACAAAGCAGUGUGUACAGUGUUCAGCACGUGGCUGUCAGAGUAUCCUGAAGACUUUAAGAGUUUGGGGGACCCCUCUCGCUUGCUACGCUUGGCUCCCCUCCUCCCUCAUGACUCCUCAUCUGCUGCUGAUCUCCGCGCUCGCUUCCUCAGGAUAGCCGAGGAGCUCAGCGAGAAAGCCCUGCUCCCAGAUGCCCAUAAAGCUCAAACCAGUUUCACCAGCCCUCCUCCUGAUGCCUCCAAGUUUGAACCUACCAGCAUCCUUGGAUUCUCUGGAGCGCUGAUUGCCGAGCAGCUCACCAUGAUAGAGACUGAGCUUUUUGUCCGUCUGGUCCCAUACCACUGCCUCGGAUCGUUGUGGUCUCAGAGGGACAAGAAGGGGAGGGAAGGAGUUUGUUGGUCAGUCCGUGCCACUGUGCGUCAGUUCAACAAGUUGGCCAAUGCUGUUUUAGCAUCCUGCCUCUGGCCGACAAAACUGCGGAGCCAGCAGAGAGCCCGACUGCUGGAGAAAUGGAUCAGCGUGGCAGAGGCGUGUCGAGCCAGGAAGAACUUCUCCUCGCUGUACGCUAUUGUGUCUGCCCUCAAGAGUAACCCCAUCCACCGGCUGAGGAAGACGUGGCAGGACACCGACAGGGAGGCGUUGAGGAAAUAUGAGGAACUGUCAGAAAUCUUCUCAGACAAGGACAACUAUUCACAGACCAGAGAACUCCUGAAGGAGGAGGGCACAUCAAAGUUUGCCAACCUGGACAACAGGCUCAACAACAGAUACCUUAACAAGUCCAAUGCGCAGGGCACCGUGCCCUACCUGGGUAUCUUCCUCACAGACCUCACCAUGCUGGACACGGCAGUCAAAGACAGGCUGGAUAAUGGCUACAUCAACUUUGACAAAAGGAGAAGAGAAUUUGAGGUUUUAGCUCAAAUCCGGCUCCUGCAAUCUUCCUGCAAAAACUGUGUUUUCACUGCUGACGAGGCCUUCAUGCAGUGGUAUAACAGCGUGCCUACUCUGAGGGAAGAGGAAAGUUAUAGGCUGUCCAAUGAAAUCGAAGCACCUGGCGACCCGAGCCCUCGCGGUCAUGCCCCAGCUGUCGUUAUCACACAGUGUCCAGAUCUAAGCACCUCCCGAACCAGCCUGGCUGGUGACAGUGACAGCUUCUUUGACUUUCACUCACCUGUCAAUAACCUGCUUUCAAAGCUCACAAAGCAUAUGAGAUCUCCAUCUGUGUCCUGUCUGGAUGUUGACACGUCCCCUCCUACCAAUGAAUCCAACCCUGCCACGCUGACUCCAACCACUCCUACAAAAUCACACCGUCGAUCAGCCUCCUGUGGCAACAAUCCCCCUGGUAACAUCCAAGGGUCAGGGGCAGACAUGCGGAUCAUCCGGAUACGGAUGGACCUGGAGGAUGGAAACCUGUAUCGGAGUAUACUGGUUACGAGCAAUGACAAGACUCCCACUGUGAUCAGCUCUGCCUUAGAAAAGCACAAUCAAGACCCCAAACAGGCAUCCAGAUAUGAGCUGAUACAGCUUCUGCCUGAAGGAAAAGAACUGGUCAUCCCUGCUACAGGAAAUGUCUUUUACGCCAUGACGUCAUCUAGUGUUGAUUUCCUGCUAAGAAGGAAAGACGGGAACUCCCCGUUUGGCUCGCAUCCGAUCAGCACAGAGACGAGCGCCACUUUUCCUCGAAUCAAGGCCAAGGGAAGGAGACUGGUCAGGAAUCUUUUUUGACAUCAGAUUUUUGUCUGCUUUGUCUACCGAGGUGGAGUUCUCUGAUGGUCUCCCAAUGUGAAUGCAGAGUGAGCUCUCACAGACAGUAAAUGUGGCCUUCUCUGUCCAACACAAAACCUACACAUGCCUUUCUCCUGUGCUCCUGCCAGGCUCACCAAAACACCAAGAAGAACUCUGCUUGUGUUUCAGUCAACAUCUCCUUGCAGGAAGGUGUGGCAGAUAUUUCAGAACUCCAGCUGCUGUGUUCAGCAGAGCUAUUUGCACUUUUCCAAGCACGCUAAUUUACAUCCCGAGGACGAGCAGUGAAAGCCUUUAAGUGUACCUUUGGUACUGGUUCUCAAGUCCCUGUCAGGUAGCACUUGAUGCUUUUUAUCAUUACAACUCGCAGAAAGAAAGAGUUGUUUUAAUUGCUACAAAACACCAAGAAAUCCCUUGUUGUCUUGUGCCUCAUCUGUGACUGACAUUUCCGAAUGUAAAAAAGAUUUAAUUGGUUGGAAUGCGCUUCUGUGAUUACCCAAGAUGCUGUUGAAGGACUUGAAGUGUGUUUUUUGGGGGGAAAUGAGAUUUAAUGAGAUCUGAAUCGGAAUCAAGACAGUGCAAGUGCAUCAUUGUAGCAAAACACUGGAGCUUUUCAAAUGAGACAUAUAUGAUUUGUAUAUAUUUAUAUAUUUUGUAUGUCUGUGUGAUCUCAGCAUUGUGUGACAGGUCCUCGCGUGACAAGUAACUGUUUCAACAAGGAAAAAUCCUUAAAAUAACUGCAAGAAACAGGCUGACAUGUCCACAGACAAGGACAGCUAUUUCAGCUUUUACUCAUUUCUCCAUAAACUUAAAGCAGCAAUAAUCAGGAUUUUAGAAUAACACUGAAACUCUGUUGUAAACUGUUGUAAUGAACUGCGGUCAGUUUAUUAUCAGUUCUGAAGCUCUGCUCAGUUUUUAAGGCUCUUUUAGCUCAUUGUUUUGGUUUUACACUCAGAAAUACCACCUUGUUGCAGCUGUCACCAACAGAUAUUAUAAAAGCAGCUCUGAUUGGUCUUUUUUUUUUUACCUGACUUGAAUACUCAUGCAAUUGUGAAGUCAGAGAGCCACAUAAUUUUCUCAGGAGCUACUGGAGACCAAAGUAAACCUCAAGGAAGGCUGAUAAGGACUAAUUAAACCAAGUGGACAAAAUGUAUUUGCAAAGAAAUUUAUACAGCGUCAUCCUCCCUCAGCUGCACGUGAAUGUACGCGGCUGUGUUGCUACGUUACAGGGUGAUCAAACAUCACUCAGCCUCUUAAACCUCGUGGAUGAAAACUGAUUAUUGCAGCUUUGAACUUUAAGCACUUUUAAAACAUACAGCUUUGCUUCAAUUUGUUACUAGAAAGGAACAUAAGUAAGAGAAAAACACUGCCAUUGCUAAGUUUAAGGUUUUUCAGGUCUGAUAUUUUCAACAGAGCAUAAGCUAAACUUAAUUUAUGCAGAUUUUCCAGUAGCUCAGCAGGAAUCCAUCUUCACUGCAGUUUACACAGACCGCAAAGCCUCAGUUCCAGUGUCGUGGCUUCAGUGAACAUCUUAACUUCAGUGUAUGUCUCUUUGAAACAAAUCUUGUGACCUCUGGUCGUCCCGGGUCAGUGCUGGUGAGGCUCCUUUUACCGGCCGAGGCACGAGCACUGAGGGGCCAGGGAGAGGAUUGUGGGUAUUAAAAAAAGACGUGUAAGCAUGAUCCCAUGCUACAGAUUGUUUUAGUGCCUUUCUCUGCUGGGUGCUCACUUUCUCAUGUUUGCAUUAGAAUGUAUACAGUCCACGUGGAGGAACUGCAGACAACUCCAGUGCUGUGUAGUUCCACAUCAAAGCUAUUUAUGCACUACAUACAGUAUGUCCUAUUUUUGUGGUAAUAAAUUUACUUUUAUAUGAAUUUUAAUUGUUUUUGAC